CAACCACGUCGUUCCCCACCACCACCCACCAGCACACAACAACCCCGAGGCGUCAAUUGUUCAAAGUGAGCAGUUUGCUACUCCGGCUCGGUAACGCAAAGGAGGCAUCGAGCCGCCCCCGGCUGUGUUGGGUGAACUUCUUCACCCGCUCUGGCCCAGUCCGCUACCACCGCUACCACCACCGCCGCCGCUCCUGCCGCCGCCUUUCCUUGCCCGCCCGCGCGUUUCCCCGCGUCGCCGUCGUCUCUGCCUGAGGGUGAAGCAGUGAAGGGAGCCGCAGCCUUGGAGGGUGCAGCGAGGAGAAAGGGGAGGAGAGAGGAGGGUGGAGGAGGUGGAGGUGGAGAGCCGUGCGGCAGCGGCAGCGCCAUGCCGCUGUUUGGACGCAAGAAGCCGAGCAGAGACGCUGACCGCCGCCUGCAGCUGCAGCUGUGCCUGGCAAAGGAGGCUGGGGCGGAUGACGUGUUGGACGCUUCACAGUGCGAGCUCACAGAGAUCCCCUCUGCGGUGUAUUCGACAUGCAGGGUUCUGCAGAAGAAGGUCCUGAUCCUUCACACAAACUGUCUCACCUCUCUCACCAGUGGUGGAAACAUCUUGGACUUCUCUGGCUUGAAGGUGCUGGAUCUGCAUGCCAACAAGCUCAAGGCUCUGCCUGAAGAGAUGUGGCAACUCUCAGCUCUGCAGGUGCUGAAUGUCGAGGGCAACAAUUUGAUGGCGCUGCCCGAAUCCGUGGUUCGGUUGAGGCAGCUGCAGACGCUCAACGUGCGGGAUAACAAGAUAUCGGAAUUGCCGAAGGAUCUGGACGGCUUGCAGAGUUUGAGGAACUUGGACAUCAGCCUCAACCAGAUCUCCAAACUUCCGCUCAGCCUGGCUCAUAUUCGCACACUCGAGACGCUGCAGUUGGACGUGGGGAGGAUUUCCUUUCCGCCGCAGGACGUCGUCCGGCAGGGCAUCGAGGCUGUCAAGCGCUUCCUGUGCGAAGAAUCCGGCCUCGAGUACUCCCCACCAUCCCAGCACCUCCUGUCCGUCCUCACCGCGAGCCCCCAGCGCUGCCCCGACGUGACAGACAAUGCCGAGCUCCAGCACAGCCUUCAGCAAGCUGUGUGGCAGGACAAAUUCAAGGAAUUUGAAAACAAAAAGGAGAUUCGGCGGAAGGAGCAGCUGGAGUUUGAGCGAGCCCUGGGCCAGCAGCACAUGGACAUGGCGCUGCUGGUGAACGACGCGACGCUGCAGAGGGAUGAGCUGCUGCACUCGGUCAAAGAGGGUCUGGCCGAGCUGGAAAGGGAAGUGGACGGGCAGCGACGGCGUCAGGACGCCACCCGCGUGCGGAUGACGGAGGAGCUCCUGCGCAUGGAGAAGAAGGCGGGCGACCUGGUGUCGCACAUCCUCAGCAAGAGAGACUGGUUCACACAAAAGAAAGAUCUCCAGGAGGCCAUGGACAGAGAGAGGCUGGAAAUGGAGCUUUUGGUGUGCAUCACACAGGAGGAGACAUCGGCGCUGAGGAGAAACGACGUGGCUGCCGCCAUGCAGCAGAUGCUGAUGGAGGCCAAGUCCAACGAGCUGCUGAGGCAGGAAUACCAGCGGCAGAGGGAUGAACUGUGUGACCAGGCCGCCAGCAGUUUGACAGAGGAAGAAGAGAAGUUGCAGUGCGUGGUCAGUGGAAGGCACGACAGGCAGAAGCAGGCAAUCGCCAGCAUUCUGCAGGAGGAAUUAAUACAAAAGGAGGCGUUUGAAAUGCUCCAGCUACAACGAGAUGCUUGGCACUCCAGGAUACGGCAUCAGGUCCGGCGGCAUCGCAGUGUUAUCGGUCUCAUCGAGCAGGAGUUGCUUCACAUCUCUAUGCUGGAGAUGAAGAGGAAGGGUCAGAACCAGGAGCAGAUGCAGGGGGUGCUGGUGGAGGAGCGGCAGGCACUGGGGGACCUCUUGCACCAGCUGCUGAAGGAGAAGGGUGCCCGGGAGCUACAGCUGCAGGAUCUGCUUGAGGAGAUGGAGAAGAAGCGCGAGGAGGACUCGAUGGACUACUGGCUUGUGCAGUACCAGCGCCUGAUGCACUCCAAGCCCCAGCCUAUGCGGUUGCAGGAGUCGUUACUGGACGUCGGGCUGAAGGAGCUCCUCGCCGAGACUGGGUCCCCAGGCCUGAUCCCCCUGUUCGCUCGGCAUCGCGUUUCCUUGGCCGCCCUGGCGGCGAUGACGCACGAGGAUCUGAUUGCGAUGGGGCUCACGGACGAGGAGGUGCGUGUGGCGCUGAUUAACGGGGCCCAACAGAGGGUAGAGUCGCAGGCGAAAUUGGGUCCUUCAGCAUUGGCGGGCGCCACCUUCGCCAGCCUGCCCGCGUUUGCCACGGGGAGAGCGCCGGUCCAGCCGACGGCCCCGGCCGUGCCGGAGCCGCCGUCUCCCAUGUGGACGCCGCCGCUCUCCCCGCUACCGCUGUCUCCUUCGCCCUUGGCCGAGCAGGCCGAGUGCGUGGUGUGCAUGGAGCGCAAGCCGGAGACGGUGUUCCUCACCUGCGGGCACGUGUGCUGCUGCGCCGCUUGCGGGGCGCUACUCACCUCGUGCCCGCUCUGCCGCGCCGACAUACAGAGCCAAGUGCGACUCUACAGGCUCCUCUGACGUGAACCUCGUUGACCCAGGCACACCCCUCCCUCUCCCCUACUCUACCCCCCUCGCCCGUCCACUGUCGCCUCUCCAACCUCCUCUCAAAACCAUCUUCCCCUCUCCUCUAAACCCUGGCCACCCGACCCUGGCCACGAUCCGAGUCCCCCAACCUUCUUUGUCGUGAUGCCCAGCUUUAAGCAUCGUCUCUUCAUCCGAAACAUUUGCCCCCAAACUUUAAAACCCCUCUCACUAAACCUAGACGUUCUCUCAUAACCAUGUCCCUAUGCCCAACCACAGCUUCCGAGCCCUUAACCACAAGUCAAGCUUUAACUUCCCAAUCCACACCAUAGUUUUAUAAUCUGAACGUUAACCCUACCUUUUAAUCUUCACGCUGAUCCUAACCCCAUCCGCUAACUUCGAUCCCCUAGCGCCUGCUCGUAACUUCACCGCCAACCAAUAAAUCAGCCCUUGCCUUUGUUUGUUCUAACCGUUAUCCUAACCCUUAACAUUGUCUCUUAAUCCUCAACGUUUAACCCCAAUUUCUAAUACUAAUUCAGCAAAAAAGCUUCGUUAUCCGGCAUUCCAUGGGGAACGGAGGGUGCCGGUUAAUCAAAUAUGUCGGUCAUCUCAGAGUUAUACUUAUGGUUCACCACAUUUUCCAAGUACAUAAAACUUUUCAAGAAAGAAACUAACCCUGCAUUUUAACUACAAUAAAAUAAAUAAUUCACUCUUACAGAGGUACUCGCUCGUCCGUUGCCAAGCAUUCUAAGUUGAUUGUAGAGAAGCAGUCGUGCCGUUUAGAGUAUAGUAUACAGUAGCAGAGUACAGUAUACAAUAGUACAGUGCUGUGUACAGUAGUACAGUACUCUAUGUACUGACACGAGCGCCACCACUCGGCAGCUUCCUGAAGCUCCCUUAAACAACAACGGAUCUACGAGAAGUGCACGGCAAGAUGUCGGGUGGCCAUCAGAAUGUUUCCGGAUACGUGAAGGAAGAUUUUUAUUGCCCUUCAUGACAGAUACUGGUUAAUAGAGCAUUCCGGAAGGUAGAGUGCCGGGUAACAGAGCUUUUUGCUGUAUAACUCGACCGCUCUUAAUAAAAAAAAACCUCCAAAAUUUUACCUAAAUUCUUCACCAUGUACAAUAACCUCUAGCCCUGACUCACAAACCACAAACCGCACCCUGCUCUCAUUGAUGGUGAGGUUCUACGAUUAUAUUUGUUGGGCCCCAUUGUGAUUCGUAGUGGGCUAGUCUUGCCCAUAUCGCAAGGGGCUUCCAGUGGCAUCGGUGUUCCGGCAAGACUCGGGUGUAGUAAAAAAAAACCUAUGCAAGGUUGCUUUGUUUAAUGAACGAAUGCCACUGGGAAACAAUUCAUCAGGCAGACCCAAAGGCCUCUAUUGGGUUAAUUUGUCAAUAUCAUUCAUUGAGCCUCCCAAAUUUACUUUUCAUCGGCUCGAUGCUGUGUCUGAGUCUCCGCACGUUUUGUGCCCUGAGAGUGGAGAUUAAAGUGUGGAUGAGAGCGUACGACCUCGCAGAUCGAACGGAGACUUGCGGGCACGGCUCUCGACUGUGGCAUAGUGUGAAUGGCGCGAUACAUAUAAAAUGUGAGUUUUACUUCCUUAUUUGCGUCGGGAGGAUGUGACGGUGAAAUGGGGUGGGCGGCAUCAGCGGCACCUGGGCCGUGAUGACCGCCGUUGGAAUGUUGCGCGGCUCUCUUGUUUAAAUACUUUUAACAAACCUGCUAUGAGGCUUGCUUGUUCACGCUUGCGCCAAGUAGCUCUCCAAUGCUUUUUUCCGGGUUUCCAUCCCGAUUAGCGCAGUUGGCUACGUGCGGUGCGAAAGAAGUUCAACUUCCGUACGCGUCAGAAAGAUGCCCUGCGUGUCGUUUCAAGUGCUCGGAGCUUCCUCGGGAACGAAAUCCUUUCUGAAGAAGCUCUGGGGAACUGCAUUCGUAAAAUAAUCUUACAGCACGUGGACGGCAAUCUCGGGCACCGUGACAAACGACGCGUGGUAAAUCCCGAUUAAACACCGGAGAGCCGUCGUGAUGAGCUGUUGUUUCUGAUCUUUUAUCGCAGGUGCGCACCAUUAUCCUCCAGCCUCGCCAAUCACAGUGUGUCGAGGUUCAGAAGCCUCGUCUCUCACCCACCCUUGCCUGCUUGCUCUCCAGCCUUAAAGAGUUCACACGAAGCAAUCGUGGAAUCUGCGCAGGGUGGCACGGUGGUAACGCCUGCGUGUCGCAGCAGGAUUGGGCCCCGAGUUCUAUUCCUGAAUCUGGGCGCCAUUCUGUGUGGAUCUUGAUUUUAAGAUUUCGUCACUGCAGGAAUCCAUACUCUUUGGUUCUUUCGGUAAAGUCACGUAGGUAGAAAAUAAAAUAAAAAAUAUAUCACGAUGUUUCGAUCGCAACACAAGCGAUCGUCCUCAGGCAGAAAAAAAAUAUCCAGCAGUAGAACUGCUGAACCAGGAAGAACACGGUUCAACAGUAGAACAGUAGAACUGUUGAACCAGGUAGAACACGGCUCAACAGUAGAACAGUAGAACUGCUGAACCAGGAAGAACACGGCUCAGCAGUAGAACAGUAGAACUGCUGAACCAGGUAGAACACGGCUCAACAGUAGAACAGUAGAACUGCUGAACCAGGUAGAACACGGCUCAACAGUAGAACAGUAUAACUGCUGAACCAGGUAGAACACGGUUCAACAGUAGAACAGUAGAACUGCUGAACCAGGAAGAACACGGUUCAGCAAUAGAACAGUAGAACAGUAGAACUGCUGAACCAGGAAGAACACGGCUCAGCAGUAGAACAGUAGAACCAGGAAGAACACGGUUCAACAGUAGAACAGUAGAACUGCUGAACCAGGUAGAACACGGCUCAGCAGUAGAACAGUAGAACUGCUGAACCAGGAAGAACACGGCUCAGCAGUAGAACAGUAGAACCAGGAAGAACACGGUUCAACAGUAGAACAGUAGAACUGCUGAACCAGGUAGAACACGGUUCAACAGUAGAACAGUGGAACUGCUGAAUCAGGAAGAACACGGCUCAGCAGUAGAACAGUAGAACAGUAGAACUGCUGAAUCAGGAAGAACACGGUUCAACAGUAGAACUGCUGAAUCAGGAAGAACACGGUUCAGCAGUAGAACAGUAGAACAGUAGAACUGCUGAACCAGGUGGAACACGGCUCAGCAGUAGAACAGUAGAACUGCUGAACCAGGAAGAACACGGCUCAGCAGUAGAACAGUAGAACAGUAGAACUGCUGAACCAGGUAGAACACGGCUCAGCAGUAGAACAGUAGAACUGCUGAACCAGGAAGAACACGGUUCAACAGUAGAACAGUAGAACUGCUGAACCAGGUGGAACACGGCUCAACAGUAGAACAGUAGAACUGCUGAACCAGGUGGAACACGGCUCAGCAGUAGAACAGUAGAACAGUAGAACCAGGAAGAACACGGCUCAG